AUGGAUGAGUGCGAAUAUACCCUGUGUUCAUCAAGCACCGAACAAGGAGAAAUCCCAAUAAUACACGUAAAGCGAUCAAAGACCAAAGCAUUACCAUUCCCAAGAACAAAGUCACAGAUCCAAUACAUGUACCUUCCGGGAUCAUCGCUCUUCAUUGGUACAAACACCAUCCCAAGAUCAUGCGAUUAUCAGGUUGAUGUGCUUACCACUAAACUGAAGAAGAGGCUUAAACAAGACUUCCCGUAUCCGUUCCAGUGCCUAUCCAUGAAGGAAGACAAGGCGUUUUUCGAGAAUGGGUUCAAUCAUGUUUGUAACAUUAGCGAUGAUCAACAGAUUUGCCUGAACUUUGUUAAAACCAUUGAAAAUAUUGUAGAUGCACGUAAUGCAAUAGAAGAGAAUAAUGAGCAACUGGAAACACAGAUUCCACAUGUUAAAGAUAAACAAAAUGACAGAUAUGCCAAAAUAUGCCAGGAAUUCAUGACUGGUAUUCUGCUGCAUGAUAUGACUAAGAAGCAAAAAAAUAUCAUAAUCAGAGAUUAUAUGCUGUGUAGUAUACACAGCAAAGAUGCAUACAUUCGGUUUACUAUAAAAAGCUCAAAUAACCACACAUAUAUUGUUUUUGAUGAAAUGUAUACCAAAGAAAUAAGGUACUAUGAAUAUCUAAAGAUGUAUGGGAUUGAAGUUGUUAAAUCCUUAGGUUCGUCAGAAGCUAGGGCAUACACUAGUGAUGAAGGCACACUUAUAGUGUAUUCAUCAACUUUAUUUGAAAAUUCAAAAGGAGUGCAGAGACUGUUCAGUGGAGUAGAUAUCAAGAAGACUGUUGAAGUGGUAACGAAUAUAGAGAGCGUAAAACUCAUACCAUGCACUGAUGGAUUGAAAGAUGAAGCUGGCAUGCUUUUUGGAAUUACACUUGAUGAUGGAGAGUAUGUCUUCAACAACGGAGAUGUGUAUGAAAUUAACGUAAAUGGAGAUAAACACAAAUUCAAUGGGGUUAUGUUUACAGACUUCAUUGCAGACAUGGAAAUACUCAAUGAAUGA